CCAGGCACUCACUGGAGCACAGCUGUGUGUGGAGAGGGAAUGUCUGGCUACAGCAGCAAGAGCAUGGUCCUGGUUUGUGUGCUGGCGCUCCUGGCACUGCUCCUAUGGGGCACCUCUGAAGCACAAAGCAACCAGGAUUGCUGCCUGUCCUACACCAAAGUGCGUCUGCCCCGGUGGGCUCUGAAGGGUUACACUGAGCAGCUCUCCAGUGAGGUCUGUGACAUCCCUGCCAUCAUUUUCCACACUGCCAGUGGGCUGAAGGCCUGUGUAAAUCCUAAGGAAGGCUGGGUGAAGAAACAUCUCCUUUUCCUGAGCCACAAGCUGAGGAAGAUGUCAGCUUGACUCGGUUUCCAGCAAGGAGCUAAACAUAGAAGUGGCUGAAGAAGCACUGGGUUAGGCUCUCGGCUGAGAUGAUUUGUACACUGUUGUGUGCUCACUCACAUCCAACUCCGGCUUCUUUGGAACUGCACUUCUUGAGUUGAUUCAUAUUGCAUCGCUGUUUUGCUUGAGUUAAGCAUGUUGUUAAAGUUUCUAUUUUUACUAAUGUGUGUAUGUUACUGAUAGGACAUGAGUACUGUUUAGUAAUGUCUACCUUGAGCUGCUGUAUAGAGUGUGAAUUUCAUUAAGUUUAUUGUAUGUUAUUUUGUUUUCUUCAGCAUAUGUAAAGCAGGUUAUUUAUUCUGUUAUUUUAUUAUUGCAUUGUGCCAAAAUGUUUCCUUCGAACUGUAGUUAGCAUUAUAAUACCUCUUGAACUAUUGUUAAACAAAGUCUGUAGAA